AGACAAGUGCGCACAUGUGGCCAGAAGUUGUCGUCGAUAUUUUCUUCAGCACGAUGACAAAGGCUCGCGAAGAUACGGGCUCGUUGAAUUUGCCUGUCGCGAAGUGUUCGUGUUUUAGCGCAGACGCGAGAAAGAUCGGUUGACAUUGGCUAGUUUAAAUAUAAUCGCGGUUCAUCUGGCGCCGCGAUAAGGUCUACGCAGCGAGGUUACCAACUAAUAUUUCACUCUUCUGAUCUUUUUUUUCAGGUGGAACGUCAUCGUACGACGCUCGUAGGAUCACCGCAAAGCGAGAUAAAAAUAAGAAAUCGCAAAAAUUACCUUCCACUGCGUCGAGGAAAGGAUCGGCGACGACGACGACGGCAAACAUCAUCGUCAAUGCGAUCGUCAGCAUCGUUGAACGAUCAGCGAUUUUGCGAGACUGCGGUCGAAUCUUGAGAUGCAUGAUCACUGGCCCCAUCGGCGUAUCUCAGCGAAGACAACGAAGACAACGAAGGUGUGAAACGUACGAACGAUCGCGAACGAUAACGACAGUGUUGGCAUGUCGGCGAGAAGCGGACUCGCAUGAGAACCAAGUACCACACUGGAGCGCAGUCCGCGAGCGACUGAGCUUUUCGUCGCACUUGCGGCCUCGAGGCUCCGGUAAGCUUUUUACUCGACUGAGUGGGUGAGAGGAAGAAAGAGACCAGACGAUGUCGAGAGAGAACGAGAGAAAGGCAGAGAAAGACGACGAGGAGCGAAUCGAAUGCAAGAUAGGGACGAAGCGAUUGCGUGUGGGAGGAGGGAAAAGACGCGUGGCGCGUUGUCACGCAGUGCAACUGCUAUUGUGACAUCUUCGGGCUGUACCCACACGAUCCUCCGAUCAGUGAGUGUUGAUUGUAUAUAAUAAAAAUGGCGGCCAGUAAACCACCGGAAAUGAAUUACACGUGCGAAAUUUGUGGCCUGGAAGGUUUCAAUGACGAAGAAAUGAGAUCUCAUAUGGUUUUCUAUCAUCUGCAAGGAGCCGCAAAUUGCCCCUUUUGCGAUUUAGGUGAAAUUUCGCCAACAGAAAUGUUGACCCACGUUAACAGUGCCCAUCUCGAUUAUUUAACACCAAGUACUCCAGAGAAUGAUAUGAUGGCAUUCAUUGAUGAUGAUUCAUUAGUGGAUGAUAGAAGAGAUGAUGAAUGCCGUGGUCCAUGUCCUUCUCCAACCAUGUCUCCAAGUCCUCCACUUCUUCAAAAUGGUUGGAGUAGUUCAUUUAAUGUUCCACGUGUUAAACAGCAACAAGAGGUACCAAAAGUGGAAUCACAGAUUUCUGGUGCUAAUGUGAAUAAUAACAAUAACAAUAAUAACAUUGGGAAUGUCAAUAAUGUUAUUGAAGGUGCAGCUGGGCAUGGGUCUCCACUGCGUUCAGGCCUAAAUUUACAACUACGUUCUCAUGCUUCACCAAAACUUCCAGUUCAAGAAUGUCCUAUGUGUCCCUACAGUUCUGACAGUCCGUUAAGGCUAGAAGAGCAUAUCAACAGACAACAUUUUGAUCUCACUUCGCCGUCCUUUCCACCUGAAUCUCCACCACCACGUGAUGGUGUUUUUAACUGCCCUCUUUGCAUUACAUCUUUUCCAAAUUCUUCUGAUCUUGAGUUACAUGUUAACAUAGAACACAAAGAUAUCUUGAGCCCUGCAAAUGGCGCAAGUUCUCAAUCAGCUCAAGCAACUAUUGGUAGUGAUACACCUGCAUGUCCAGUUUGCUUCAGUGCUUCAUUUAAAAGCAACGACGAAUUAACUGCACAUAUUGAAGAACAUUUCAGUAAAAAGUGUACUCCAUCUCCUAUAACUCCAGAUUUGUCUACUGAUAGAAUGUUAGCAAAGGAUAUGGAAAGACUUGAGAAGGAGCUUAGAAAAUUACGUGAACAACGUGAAUUUGAAAUGUUAAGGGCGCAAUAUGGAAUGGACAAUCAGGGGAAUUUUAGAGAACAAAGCGUCACUAAUAUGCAGCGAGCUGUAUAUUCAGGAGAAAUGACGAUUGCUGAUUAUUAUGAAAGACAGACCGAACUUAGAGUCGCCGAAAGUAGCGGCAUCGAUGACGGCAGCUCUUGUACACGCGGAUUAGUUCCCAAGAUACGAGCUGUCAGUCAAGCAUGUAGUAAUGUAUUAAGCACCUGGAUGUGUUCUACUGUAGACCAUUAUGCUACUACUUAUGGAGAUAAAGGAUGGGGAUGUGGUUAUAGAAAUUUGCAAAUGUUAAUUUCGUCACUUUUACAACAUACAGGGUACAAUGAGUUAGUUUAUAAAGCAUGGAAUUCUGGUCUGGGUAGCGGUAGUUCUGCCAAGAUUCCACUACGAAGUUCUAUACCGUCGAUCUCUAGACUUCAGAAAAUGAUAGAAUGGGCUUGGGCCCAAGGUUUUGAUACUCAAGGAGCUGAACAAUUGGGAGGAAAGUUAGUGAACACCAGAAAAUGGAUUGGCCCCACAGAAGUAGUCAUAUUAUUGUCUAGUUUAAGAAUAAAAUGUCAGCUGGUAGAUUUUUAUACACCAACUAAUUCUGAUGGCGGACAUCCCGAAAUGUUUAAUUGGGUUUUACAAUACUUCCAGCGGUGUGAUGAUUUUAAGCCACCUCUUUAUUUGCAGCAUCAAGGUCAUAGUAGAACAAUAAUAGGAAUAGAACAGUUAAGAGAUGGUUCAAUAACAAUGUUAGUACUCGAUCCAAGCCAUAGUCCAGCACAAAUGGCACAAUUUAACAGUACGAGUAGUGCACUUGGUGCAAUGCGUUUGGUACGCAAAUCGAUCGCAGCAAUGAAAGCAAGACAGUAUCAAGUCGUUGCUGUUACUGGUAUCAUGGAAACCGAUUUAGAGUAUCAUGAAAGCAAAGUAUUACGUUUGAUUCGAGUGCCGCAAGAUAGGUGAGAUUUAUUGGCUCGAAAAGAAAUUAAAUAUUUUGGGAAGACGAUAGACUGCCUCAAACCAAUUUUAUCCAGCAUCCUUAAUGUUACAUGACCGCAAUGUUCUAGGUUUUAUCAUUAGGAGAUUUACUCCAUCGUAGUAGUUGCAGAAGUAUUAUUUAACAAUAUAUUCUUGCAUAUUUCCGCCAUUAUAUGUCGGCUCCUCAAAUUAUGUGUAUCUAAAUCUGCGUCGUGAUCCAGAAUUUUUGGAAAAUUGACCGACGAACCUAUUAAAAAUUGUAAUUUCUAAAAAAAAGGUGUCUAUGUGUCGCGCGUAUUAAUCUUUUUUUAAUUCAGGAUCGGCUCUGAAAAUAUUGUAUUAAGAUGUGUGCUUGAGAAAGAAAGUUACAGUAAAGUUACAGAUGAAUUUUAAAGAUAAAAUCAAUUCGAUCGUCAUUUCUUGAUCAUAAUGUUCUGCUCAAUUUUCGUCGCACCGAACAGGCUGUGCUAAUUUUUAGUCGACCAAUCGUCCUAUGCCGAUCGGUUGCAUCAGCGAAAAAAGCCAUGGCAGAGCUUAAAAAAUGAGACUCUUUCGUAGCUGUGAUGCUGUUAUCGAUUUAAUGCUAAUCACCGAUUCUAAAUAUUUUUGAAGACACUCCACGUGAUCGAAAUAUUAAAGAAAGCAUUGUCCGCGUUUUGUCUUCUUUUUCACUUGUAUUUUACAUUUUUAAUAAACGUUGUUGUCAAAAUGUUGUCAAUUUUUAGUCAAUAAAAGUACCAAUAACAAUACAUCGCAAUGCUCGUGGCGAUAACAAAUUUUAUAUACCGUUAAAGAAAUUAUUCUCUAAUCAAUUUUUAUUAUUAUUGCUUUUACAAUAGUUUUUGGAGUGUCUGCAAGAAUAGAUAAUAUAUUUCCAUAUUAUAUAUACAUUUAUCUAUAUACAUAUACACAUACUUGCACACACACUUCGUUAUAUCAUACUUCAUUCACUCAUACAUAAAGUACAACUACUUUCAUACUACUUAUGAAUAUUCUAUUUAAUUAUUGAAUUACUUUAAGGCUACUCAUACCUUUUUUGUAAGUCAAACACAAUGUUGUGAGAGGAAAUCAGAGAAUGAGAUAGUACAGUCCAUUAAUUGGACAUUGUACGAGUACAUUGUAUGACCAGUUGCAUCGUUUUUAUUAUUAUAUUUAUAAUCAUCAACAUUAUUGUUAUUAUUAUUACACUUAUUGUAUAUUAUAAAUUAUAUUGAUACACAUAUGUACACAUUUGUUAUUUUCGAGAUUUUAAAGUUAUUGAAAAAUUUGAUGUUUGUUAUUGUGAAACAUAUUUUAAGAGGAAAAUGUAUUAUCAUUUUAUAGCUUUAAUUUAGUAUUCAAAUGCACUAAUUGGGUGAAAAUUUGUCUUUCUCCUUAGUAGGACUAGAUGUAAUAAUUAUAACUGACAGCAAAAAUACAAUUAUUACUUGAUUAUAUUUUGUCAUAUGCUCAUUAAAAAUAUGUUCAACAUUUUGGAAUGUUCAAGCAAAACAAGCUAUGGAAUUGUUAAGCAAGUGUAAAGAAACUUCAAAUUAUUCACAUGUCAAAUUAAAAUAUAUGCUUUGUUAGAAUUCCC